UCCACAACUGUACGUUUCUCUAGAAACUUCCUGCCCCGCAUAACCAAACUGUGAAAAGGACUGUCGUCUGCGGUAUUUUCGGACCGAUACGUAUUUACUUCAAUACCAUCACCAGGUAAUCAUUUACCAUCAGGUGAUCCGUCUGCUCGUUUGCCUCCUGUCCCAUAAAAAAAGUAGCCCUUUCCAUCUCAUUUAAAUGUUUUUUUUUUUACUUUUCAUACAAGAAAACGAUUAACUAUCAUAUUUAUAGUGUGACAAGGAAGUAAAAAAAAAAUCCAGUGUAAAAGAAAUUUAAUUUUUUUUCGCUACCUUUUUAAACGACUCUUAAAUAUAUGUAAAAUACUCAGAUAACGAGUAAAAUAUACAAUGUCAUGAUUACGAUUUUGCUUAUUUUGAAACAAAAAAGACAAAUUAAUAUAUUCAGAUCUAUAUGUAUAGGCUUUUAGUUUACAAGUCUUCGUGGUAACAGGAAACUUGAAAUAAAAUCCAAAUGUCGACCAUUAAUAAAUACGAGGGUGACGACAUACUAUUGGUUGAAGAAUUAAAUUUAUCGGCACGUCAAAGCAUAAAAAAUAUAAUAGACAAAGAAGAAUGGACGUCUUACAGAGUUUUUGUAAAAGGAUUUGAAACUAAUGUAGGUAAUUUUUUUGGAUCAUUGCAAAAGGUAACCGUAAAUGGUAAAACCAAAGAUGACAGGGAAAAAGAGCUAAUUUUAUUCCUCAAAAACAUUGUAUGUGCACCUGAGGAAUUUUCAGUCAUCAACGUUCCAAAUAUUUUUCAGAGGGAAGGAUUUUUCUAUAAAGAGUUGUUUAACAUUUUUGAGAAAAUUCAAGAUAAAUACAACAUCGCUCACGGAGAAAGGUUUAAAACAGUGAAAGAGUUUAGCGAGUUAAAUAAUGAAAUUAUAAUUUUAGAAGACGUUUCUCAUGUGGGCUACAAAACAUAUGACAGAAUGGACGUUAUACCUUUAAAAUUUGCAGAAUUAGCCAUUGAACAACUGGCCAAACUAAAUGCCAUGUCCUUCAUUAUCCAAAAGGACAAUCCAAUAUUUUUUGAAAAUAACAUUAAAACCUUAAAAUCAGUGUUUAAUUUAGAUGCAUACUUUGAAGAUUAUCUGAGAAAAACAUUCGACAUAGCUAAGGAAAGUUUAAAAGAAAAUUUAAAAUGUAAACUUGAAAACAACUACCCAAAACUGGUUAAAAAUUAUUUAAAUAAUUUAAAAAUUUCAGUUGAUGAAUCUGUCUGUAUAGUUCAUGGAGACUUUUGGCCAAGCAACGUAUUAGUAAAAGAAAUUGGUAAUGAACCUACUGAUGUAAUCCUUAUAGACUAUCAGUUUGCCAGUUUUGCCCAUCCAGUUACUGACAUUUUGAAGUUCAUUUUUUAGGGACGGACCAGCAGUUUCGCAGAAACCAUUUGGAUGAUCUAAAGGCGUUGUAUUACAAUACUUUUGAAACUUUUUUGAGCAUUCAAUAUUAAGGGCUAAGGGAAUAUAUUCUAAAGAGCAAUUCGAGACAGAUUUCAGAAAUAAAUAUAGACUUUGGGUGAACAACUUUUAUAUUGUCUCUUCCUUUUAUUUUUGCAAUAACUAACAGUGCCCCUACGGCGCAACAAGGACUUGACAUGGCGUUUGAUUUAGAUGAGCGUUAUAAGGAAAGACUUCAUGGAGUUAUUGAUGACUUUAUACAGUGGGGUUAUUUAUGAACUUAUUGCUAUCUGGUGCAAUGUAUUAUGUAA